AUGGAGAAACCCGGGCAUAAGCUCUUUGAUCCAGUCAUGGAGAAGAAAAAAGUGAGCUUGACCACAAAAGGGAAUUAUGUCAUGAUGGACAAUGGGCUGGUGAAACUCACCAUUUUGAAGCCUCAAGGUUACUUAACCGGCGUAAAGUACGGAGGGAUGGACAACCUCUUGGACAUCAAGUCGAAUGAAUCUGGCAGAGGAUAUUGGGAUGCCAAUUGGAGUUUGCCAGGGGGCAACGACAGAUACCAACUGAUCAGAGGGGCAGAGUAUAGUGUUAUUCAUCAAAGCAAUGACCUCGUGGAGGUCUCCUUCAGGAGCACUUAUAAUCCGUCGACUCGGGGCAUGACGCUGCCCCUAAGUGUUGACACAAGGUACAUUAUCAGAACUGGUGUUUCGGGCUUUUACUGCUACACCGUAUACGAGCGCCCACAAGGAUGCCGUGCCUUUGACCUCGCUCAGACGAGGCUGGUGUUUAAAUUGCGACGAGAGAAGUUUCACUACAUGGCAAUUACAGACGAAAAGCAAAGGAUAAUGCCAGUGCCGGAGGACCUACUUCCUGGCAGAGGCAAACAACUGAUUGUGCCUGAGUCUGCUUUGCUAGUAAACCCCGUUAAUCCGGACCUCAAAGGCGAAGUGGAUGACAAGUAUCAGUACUCGAUGGACAAUAAGGACGGUGGACUUCACGGGUGGAUAAGUUCUGGUCCUAUCAUCGGGUUUUGGGUCAUUACCCCAAGUUACGAGUUCCGCAAUGGCGGCCCGACAAAGCAAAAUCUCACGAUGUGUCAUUCAACCCAUUAUAUAGGAGAUGAUAUCCUAGCUCAUUUUGGAGAGGGAGAGACGUGGAGAAAGGUCUUUGGCCCAUUCUUCGUGUACCUGAAUUCAACUAAUAAAGCAUCAAAUGCACACAACUUAUGGUCGGAUGCAAAAAAACAGAGGGAGAUCGAGGAAGCAUCAUGGCCAUAUGAUUUUGUCUCAUCGACCUAUUAUCUAUCUGCUAGCGAGCGCGGUUCAGCAUCGGGAAGACUCUUUGUCCAGGACAGGUAUAUAUCCAGUGCUCUAAUUCCUGCUAAAAAUGCAUAUAUUGGUCUAUUGGCAGCGAGGACUGAAGGAGCAUGGCAAACUGAGAGCAAAUCUUAUCAGUUCUGGGUUCAAACAGACUCCAGUGGAAGUUUCACCAUAAGGAACGUAAUUCCUGGAGCCUAUGGACUUCACGGGUGGGUUCCUGGUUUCAUCGGCGACUACCUCGAGAAAACACCGGUUACCAUUACCGCAGAUUCGGAGACACAGCUUGGGAAUUUGACCUUUGUUCCGCUUAGAGAUGGUCCGACCUUGUGGGAGAUUGGGUAUCCUGAUCGAACAGCAGUUGACUACUUUGUCCCCGAUGUUAAUCCGAUGUACGUCAACAGGAUAUUUCUGAAGGGUCCUGAAAAGUGA